AUGCCGAAACGGAGUAAAAAGAGCAAGAGUAAAAGGGUGCCCUUGAAGCAGAAGCACAAGGUCAUUAGAAAGGUUAAGGAGCACCACAAGAAGAAGGCGAAGGAAGCCAAGAAGCUCAACCAUAACCGCAAGCCAAGAGCUGAGAAGGAUCCAGGUAUCCCCAAUGACUGGCCUUUCAAGGAACAGCUGCUCAAGGACAUGGAAGCUCGACGUGCCCGUGCUCUAGAUGAGAUUGAGCAGAAGAAAGCCGCCCGUAAAGAAAGGGCGAAAAAGAGGAAGCUUGGUUUAUUGGUUGAGGAUGAUGAUACGAAGACAGAAGACUCAACUAGAGUUGUCAAUGUUCGUGAUAACUCGGAGAGGUCUUUCUUGAAGGAGCUUGUUAAAGUCAUUGAACUGUCUGAUGUAAUUCUUGAGGUUCUUGAUGCUCGUGAUCCCCUUGGCACGCGUUGUACUGAGUUGGAAAAGAUGGUGUCGGAAGCUGGUCCCAAUAAGCACCACGUCUUGCUUCUUAACAAGAUUGAUCUUGUUCCCAGAGAGGCUGUUGAGAAGUGGCUGAAGUACCUUAGGGAAGAGUAUCCAGCUGUUGCGUUCAAAUGUAGCACCCAGGAACAGAGAUCAAACUUGGGUGGGAAAAACUCGUCAAAGGCAUCAAAGCCAAGCAAUAUUUUGCAGACGAGUGAUUGUCUUGGAGCAGACACUCUUAUCAAGUUGCUUAAAAACUACUCGAGAAGUCAUGAGUUGAAAAAAUCUAUUACAGUUGGUAUUAUCGGACUGCCUAAUGUAGGGAAGAGUAGUCUUAUCAACAGUUUGAAGAGAGCUCAUGUUGUCAAUGUCGGUGCCACUCCUGGACUGACUAGGUCAAUGCAAGAGGUUCAUUUGGACAACAACGUGAAGCUGUUGGAUUGUCCUGGAGUUGUGAUGCUCAAAUCUUCAGCAAAUGAUGCUUCUAUUGCUCUUAGGAACUGUAAAAAAAUCGAGAAGCUGGAAGAUCCAGUUAGUCCAGUGAAGGAAAUUCUCAAGCUUUGUACAACAGAGAUGCUGGUGACUCUGUACAAAAUCCCUAGCUUUGAGGGAGUUGAUGAUUUUCUUCACAAAGUUGCCACCCUUAGAGGUAAGGUUAAGAAGGGUGGUCUUGUUGAUACCGAAGCUGCUGCAAGGAUUGUUUUGCAUGACUGGAAUGAAGGUAAGAUUCCAUUCUAUACAAUGCCGCCAAAGAGGGACCAAGGUGAACACACAGAGUCAAAGAUUGUGACCGAGCUGGCUAAGGAGUUCAACAUUGAUGAGGUUUACAGUGGUGAAUCCUCUUUUAUUGGGAGUUUGAGGACUACUAACGACUUCAACCCUGUUGAGAUUCCUUCGAAUAGUCCUCUCAGUUUUGAUGAAACUAUGCUCGAGGAUGAGUCUAAGACUCAGCCCAAAGAAGAAGAGGCAGGUCUUGAGAGUGAUGAUGAGUCUAUGGAAAAGGUGGAAGAGACAGUAAAGUCGAAAUCAGAGACGAGCAAACAGAACAAGGAACUAUACGCAGCUGAAAGCAUGUUGAAUACAAAGAAGCAGAAAGCAGAGAAGAAGAAUAUGAGGAAGAAGGCAAAGAAAGCAUCAGGUGGUGAGGAUGGAGAUUAUGAUUUCAAAGUAGAUUAUGCCGAGAACAAAGCUACAGCCAUUGAUGAAGGAGACGAAAUUCAAAUCGAUGCAAAAGUACCAAUGGCCGAUGAAUGA